UCACGGGGAGACAUCACAACCUGUAUCAGUCGAUAUCACGGAGACAAAUAAUUCAGUAAAAAAAAGGUGCCUGCGAUACACUGUAUAUAAGGCAUGCAUAAGAACACGCACUCAGAUCGCAGAGUAAUCCCCCCCAUUUCUGCUUUCGGGACGCUGACGUGCGGUUUUUAUAUUGGCCAGCUCGGUGUUCUGCUUCUUCCUUGGUAUUCAACAUGGUCAUGCCCCGAAUGAAUAUCCUCAACUGUAUCGUCUUAAUUGGAUGGAUCACUACUGUAACGCCGACAGUGAUGGAUCCACUGGGCUAUGAUCCAACGGAGUCUUUAGGAGUAAUGAAUGUGAGAGUCGUUCCGCUGAGUCCUACCAAGGCACUGGUCAGCUGGAGAGCAAUGUGGCACAACGCGUUCUUCAAGGUGUCGUGCUUCUCUCCCGGUCAAGAGGCGGUACCGUCGGUUUCUGUGGUCCUUGGAGAAGACCAUUUCGAUAGAUCCGAAAAAAUGGCGCUGCUCUCGGAAUUGAGGCCAUCGAAGAACUACACUAUUGUAAUCCAGGGCUGUCUCAUGGAAGUAAGCUGUGGAAUUCCAACAGAGACCUGGGUCAUCACGCAACCACACAGAGAGUCAAAUCCGGAAAUUGAAUCAUUGAGACCCACGGUCGAACCUGUGGCUUCUGUUCCAGAUGCAGCGAGUGUUAUUACCCUGGUUGGUGGGAACUCGACGACUGCGGCCGUCAAGUGGACCUUUAGAGACACGGAAACUGUUGAUAUUCAGGCUUCCUUGGACAACUCAACCUGGCUUAACUGUACGGAUCCGAGUGACAACUGUCGGAUGAGUAGCUUCUACGAUGACUGGCUGCCAUAUGAUCGAACUGGGAUGACGGUGUUCACCCAUCUAAUGCCUGGACACAGAUAUAGUCUCUGGGUCAGGGGAUGCAACCAUGUGGGCUGUGGUGCGGCCCGCUCCUUGGAAGUGCAAACAGGUAUGAAGGUCGCUGCAUAAGAAGACUUCAACAUGCUCGAAGCCAAACACGACGCCAUUUAAAAGAAAUGAAGCCCUCUCAACCGGGCCUCAUUCCAGAGACAAAGAUUAGUUCGUAUGAAUGAAGGAAAUACAGACAUUAUUAGUUAUUUCUUGCUUCUUUAAUUUCCGGAAUUAGAAAUCAAUGGCCCUUGAAUAAAAUAUGCAUCUUGGAAGUCUA